GUCCAGAAGGAGAUGACCCCUAGUAAGAAGAUCCCUGUCCUUGUGGAUGGGGUUGUACUCAAUGGACCUCAAACUGAUGUGAAAGCAGGAGAAAAAUUUGUUGAAGAAGUCUGCCGGCUUGUCAUGGAAGAGGUGGUUUUGAAAGCUACAGAUGUCAAUGAAAAGGUGUGUGAGUGGCAGCCCCCUGAGCAGCUGAGGCAGCUCCUUGAUCUGGAGAUGAGGGACACAGGAGAGUCACAGGACAAGCUGCUGAAACUCUGCCAAGAUGUCAUCCACUUCAGCGUCAAAACCAACCAUCCAAGAUUUUUUAACCAGUUGUAUGCUGGCCUUGAUUACUACUCCUUGGCAGCCCGGAUUCUAACAGAAGCUCUGAACCCAAGCAUUUAUACGUAUGAGGUGUCCCCAGUGUUUCUGUUAGUGGAAGAGGCGGUUCUGAAGAAAAUGAUUGAAUGUGUUGGCUGGAAAGAAGGGGAUGGAAUAUUUAAUCCAGGUGGCUCAGUGUCCAAUAUGUGUGCAAUGAAUUUAGCUAGAUACAGAUAUUACCCUGAUGUUAAGGAGAAGGGCCUGUCUGGUUUGCCAAGAUUAAUCCUUUUCACAUCGGCAGAGUGUCAUUACUCCAUGAAGAAAGCGGCCUCCUUCCUUGGGAUUGGCACUCAGAACGUGUACUUUGUGGAAACAGAUGGAAGAGGUAAAAUGAUACCCGAGGAGCUGGAGAGACGAAUUGGGCAAGCGAGACAAGAGGGAGCAGUACCAUUUCUUGUUUGUGCCACUUCUGGUACCACUGUGCUGGGUGCCUUCGACCCCCUGGAUGAGAUUGCUGAGGUCUGUGAGAAGCAUGGCCUCUGGCUCCACGUGGAUGCCUCUUGGGGUGGCUCAGCUUUGGUGUCAAGAAAGCACCGCCAGCUCCUGUAUGGAAUCCACAGGGCUGACUCUGUGGCCUGGAAUCCACACAAGAUGCUGAUGGCUGGAAUCCAGUGCUCUGCUCUACUUGUCAAGGACAAAACUGAUCUUCUUAAGAAGUGCUACUCUGCCAAAGCCACCUAUCUGUUCCAGCAGGAUAAAUUCUACGAUGUCAGCUACGACACAGGAGACAAAUCCAUCCAGUGCAGCAGGAGACCUGACGCCUUCAAGUUCUGGAUGACCUGGAAGGCCCUGGGCACCUUAGGACUAGAGGAGAGAGUUAACCGUGCCCUUGCUCUGUCUAGGUACCUGGUAGACGAAAUCAAGAAGAGAGAAGGAUUCAAGUUACUGAUGGAACCUGAAUACACCAAUAUUUGCUUUUGGUACAUUCCACCGAGUCUCAGGGAGAUGGAAGAAGGACCAGAGUUCUGGAAGAAGCUUAGCUUGGUGGCCCCAGCCAUUAAGGAGAAAAUGAUGAAGAAGGGAAGUCUCAUGCUGGGCUACCAGCCCCACCGAGGGAAGGUCAACUUCUUCCGCCAAGUGGUCAUCAGCCCUCAAGUGAGCCGGGAAGACAUGGACUUCUUGCUAGAUGAGAUAGACAGCCUAGGGAGGGAUAUGUAG